AUAAGAGACAAGGACGAUGGUUCAACAGCUAGUCUGGUAUUUGAUUCCAGUUUACAAUCCGUGAGCCUAUUUGUUGUCGUGGCUAUGCUUCUCAAAGAGCUCAAAAUCCUCAAUUCAGAGCUCGGUCGGUUAGCACUAGCUUCAUCUCUCUCCAGUGAAAUACUAGACAUAACUCUCGCAUUCAUAAUGAAUACGCUUAGGUCUUUCAUGGAAGACCAUUCGUUAUCAAGCACACUUCAGCUCAUCGGAUUGAUUAUUUGUUUCAUUCUUGUUGUCAUUAUCAUCAUUCGGCCUGCAAUGCUAUGGAUCGUCAAACAGACACCAGAAGGAAGGCCUGUCAAGGACUCAUACAUUUGCUCUGUCAUUCUGCUUAUUUUACUCGCUGGUGCAUUUACUCACUGGAUUGGAGAAUUUCCUAUAUUGGGUCCUUUUAUCCUCGGAUUUGCUGUACCAGAUGGACCGCCACUGGGGUCCGCAUUGGCUGAUAAGCUCGAUUCCUUUGUUUCCGGUCUGUUUAUACCACUUUUCAUGACCUUGAUCUCAUUGAGGGUGAAUCUGCAAGCCAUAAAUCUGUCUAACCCGUAUGCGAUUUCUAUUGUCGUCCUCAUCAUUGUGGUUUUCUUGGCGAAGGUUGUUGCGUGUAUCAUACCUGCAUGUAUUUGCCGAGUGCCCUUCAAGGAUGCUCUAGCCUUGGGCCUCAUCAUGAGCUCUAAAGGCAUCGUUCAAAUGUCCUUCUACAGCUUCUUCAGAGAUGAUCAGGCAUUCAAUGAGGAGACAUUUGCAUUGCUUGUGACUAGCACAGCAGUGGCAUCAGUGGUCCUUCCACUCUUGGUAAAACAACUCUACGAUCCAUCACAGAAAUAUGCAGGCUACCAAAAAAGAAGCAUCAUGCAUUCCAAACAAGGUGGUGAGAUACGUAUAGUCAUGUGUAUCCACAGGCCAGACAACAUCUUGGCAUUCCUCAACCUCAUCGACAUCUCCUGUCCGACCAGAGAAAGCCCUAUGAUGGUUUAUGCCCUUCACCUAAUCGAGCUCCACAGUCGAGCUCUUCCCCUCUUCAUCUCUCACGAAAAUCAUCAAAAUCCCGAAGAAAGCCCCUACUGCGGCGAUGUGGUCUACGCUUUCGGUCACCAUGAGAGAAGGCACAAAGGGAGCAUUUGCGCACUGGCCUUCACGGCGAUUUCUCCGCGAAAACUAAUGCAUGAAGAUAUAUGUACUCUUGCUCUGAACAAAACUGCUUCCCUAACAGUAAUCCCAUUUCACCGAAAAUGGGCGGUUGAUGGGACGGUUGAGUCGGAAGAUUUUGAGCUGAGGUCAGUUAAUUGUAAAAUCCUUGACAUGACUCCUUGUUCUGUUGGGAUCCUAGUUGAUCGUGGUCGCCAUCAGGGGGGCCUCUCGGGGAGCGAUGACCGUGAGGCUUUGUUUUACGCCAAACGGAUGGCAAAGAGUAGGACCUCGGGCAUCGGACUAUCCAUGGUUAAUUUCAAACCCAUGGUAUGUGAAGCUUCUGAUGAAGGGAAAAAGCGAGACUCUGAGGUGUUGAACGAGUUUACGAACGUUGGUGGGGGGGAAAUGGUCUACGUGGAGGAGGUAGUGAAAGAUGGGGCGGAAACUGAGUUGAUAGUAGGGGAAAUGGUGGGCGAAUUCGACCUCAUAAUCGUGGGGAGACAUUGGGGUGUGGAGUUUCCACAGACGUUGGGGUUGAAAGGGUGGAGUGAGUUGCCGGAGAUGGGAGUGAUCGGAGACAUUCUUUCGUCGUCGGAUCUCAAGGGUAGAGCAUCUGUGCUGGUGGUGCAGCAACAGAAAACCACUGCCUAAAACUGUGAUGGAAGGUGCAACUUUUAUCAAUGUUUAAAGGCCCAUUUUGGUCUUCUGCAGUGGUCCUGUGGAACUUGUUAACUCUCAAAUUACAUAGCACUGGAUGAGAUGUAUUUUGCUAGAAUUGCGUAUUGUAUACUAACAUAUUUUAAGGGCAAAUAGAUGAGAGGAUACAACAAAUGUCUUGAUUGAAAGAAAAGGAAGGAAGAGUACAAUAAGUUGGAUCAAUGUGUAUGAAUAUGAGCCUUUUAUUCAGCAUAAAUAUCUGUGAAAGCAAUUGUAUGUU